AUGUCUUUCCGCUGCUUCUUAGCCGUCGCCGCCGCUCUCCUCCUCUUUCAAGGCCCUCUCACCAUCCGCGCCGCCGCGGCCGCCCCGCUAUUCCACACGUGCUCAAACGCCGCGAAGAACUCCACCGCCAGCGGACGAUACGACGUCGCAUUGAGUAGCCUCCUCGGCUACCUCCGCGACCAAACUCCACGGAACGACGGAUUCGCUCUCGGGUCCCUGGGCAGCUCCCUCCGGGACCGCCCCUACGGCGUCGCCCUCUGCCGCGGCGACGCCUCGGCCGCCGACUGCCGAUCCUGCGUCGGCAACGCGACGGCCGAGAUCCUCCGCCGCUGCCCUAGCGACAAGUCGGCGGCCAUCUGGUACGACGGGUGCACGGUGAGGUACUCGGACUCCGAUUUCUUCGGGCGGGUCGACGACCGGGUCAGGUUCUAUCUGAUCAACACGGCCAACGCGAGCGACGCGGCGUCGUUUGAUGGCAAGCUGAGGGAGCUCAUGGGACGGCUGGCAAGGGAGGCUGCUUACGUGGCUCCGAGGAUGUUCGCGGAAGGGGUGAUGGAGCUCGCCGCCGGCGCCAGCGAGGAGGAGGAGAAGAAGUUGUACGGACUGGUGGAGUGCAGUAGGGAUUUGGGGAGCGGGGAGUGCAAGAAGUGUGUGGGAGAAGCCAUCGGGCAGCUCCCGAGGUGCUGCGGCGGGAAAGUCGGGGGUCAGGUUGUCGGCGGGAGCUGUAGGAUCCGAUACGAGGUCUACCCGUUUCUGGCUGCUGGUUUCAAAAGUUAG